AUGUCGGUGGACCGCGGCGCGAAAGAGCACCGGCAUGCUCGGCGCGAGAACAAGCACCACCAUGCCGCGGCUACACGGAGCGGCAAAGAGACACGCAUGAUCGGAUUGUACGUGCUGCACCAGACCUUGGGCUCCGGCACGUUCGGCAAAGUCAAGCUGGCGACGCAUGCCUUGACCGGCCACCGCGUCGCCGUCAAGAUCAUCAACAAGCACAAGAUCUCAUCGAUGGACAUCGGCGGACGGAUAAAGCGCGAGAUCCAGUUCCUCCGCAUGCUCCGCCAUCCCCAUAUCAUCAAGCUCUACGAGGUCAUCGCGACGCCGUCGGACAUUAUCAUGGUCCUCGAGUACGCGGGUGGCGAGCUGUUUCAGUACAUUGUCGACCACGGGCGCUUGCCGGAAAGCGAAGCGCGCCGCUUUUUUCAGCAGAUCAUCACAGCCACAAACUACUGCCACAAGCACAAGGUCGCCCACCGCGACCUGAAGCCUGAAAACCUGCUCCUCGACGAGUUUCUCAACAUCAAGGUCGGCGACUUUGGCCUCUCCAACUUGAUGGGCGACGGCGACUUUCUCAAAACCAGCUGCGGCAGUCCCAACUACGCCGCGCCCGAGGUCAUCGCCGGCCGCCUGUACUCGGGGCCCGAAGUCGAUGUUUGGAGCUGCGGCGUGAUUCUGUACGUCAUGCUCUGUGGUCGCCUGCCGUUUGACGACGACUAUGUCCCAUCGCUCUUUGUCAAAAUCAGUAAGGGCAUCUACAGCCUCCCAUCGCACCUCUCACCCGAAGCCAAGGAUCUCCUGUCCAGCAUGCUCGUCGUGGAUCCCGUGAAGCGCAUCACCAUCCCCGAUAUCAUGCAGCUGCCUUGGUUCAAUGUCGAUCUGCCAGCCUAUCUUCGCCCAUACCCCCUCACUCCCUCAGUCGAAGAUAAGCAGUUCGUGCUGCAUCGCGCCCCUGUCAUGGACGACACCCUCGGCACCGAACACAUCGAAGCGGCCGCGUCUCAGCAUGGCGAGCCACCGCCCGAUCCCUCGAUGAUCUCGCCUGAUCUCGGCGUCAUUGACCCCCUCAUCCUCCAGGAACUGCUCGGCAAAGUCGAGGGCAUCUCACGCAACCGCGUCCUCGAGAUGCUUCGCGCUCCGAACACGAACCAAAUCAAAGUCGCCUACCACCUCUGCCGCGACUAUCACUGCACCCUCAACAUGAUGAGCGACAUGCUCAGCGACAUGGACGACGAGCCGGCUCCGUCGACGUCGUCUUCCAGUCCCGGCGGCCCGCCGUCCGAAGCGCCGCCUCCCUCCCUGCGUCCCAUGCAACGCAGGCCCUCCCUGCGUCCCGCCCUCGCUCCCGGCACGUCGCCCAUGCACUACAAUGUGCUUAUCAAGCGCUCCGGCGCUACGACCGAUCUGAUGCAUGCCAAGGAGCCUCGCUCCCGUCGUCCCUCCGCCGCAUCUCGACGGCCCAUCGACGAAGACACCAAGGCGCGCGUCAAUGAGCUCAUGGCGGCCGUGGAAGAUGAGGCGAUCGAGGGCUCAGACGCCGAGUUCCCCAUCUUUGACGAUGAGAGCGACGACGACGACGAUGAAAGUGACGCGCUCUCUCACAUGUCAGACUCGGACGAGGAGUAUGCGAGCUUUGAUAUGAUCGACGACACUGCCGUGGACGACGUGGGUCGCGAGCCGCUGCACGAAACGUACAUGCGGCGCUCCAACCACCUCGCUGUGCUGCAAUCGAGCCUGUCUCCAUCUCAGCGCUCUCUAUACCAAACAUCCCACAGCGGCUCAUCCACCCCGAAUCAUCGGCUCAGCUCCACACCUUCCAGCGUAUCCACUUCGGCGUCCGUGUCCCUCGCAACAAGCCGUGAUGGAACACCCCACCCUUCCCACAGCAAACCUGUGUCGCGGAGAUCUCGCACGCCAUGGCACUUUGGUAUUCGCAGCCGAAGCAGUCCCAUGGAGAUCAUGCUCGUCCUCUACCGCACCAUGGAGUCACUCGGCAUGCAGUGGUGCCCCAAAGCGCCGCUGCCAUCCAUGUCGCGCGACCUAGACGACAUGAGCGCCAAAGAACGACAAGACGUCCUCAGCGCCCUGAACGAAGACAUUUUCUACGUGCAGACGCAGUGCAUUCUCUGCCACCACAAGGUCUGCAUGGACCUGCAAUUGUAUCGCGUCGCAGACCAGUCCUACCUGGUCGACUUCCGCAACGUCGGCUACGCAUUGGCUUCGCCCACAUGCCCCAAAGGCAGCUCGUCCAUCUCGUCAUCGUCCGUGGCCCUCCGGCGCGAUACCCCAAGCCCCUUUCUCUUCUUCGACGCCGUCUUUCGGCUCAUCGUCGCCCUGGCCGGGGGCGGCUCGUAA